AUGUCGGAGGGCUCGUUUAUGGUAUCGCUGGCUGGGCAAGUGGUGUGUUUGGAGGUCCUUGCCGGCGCCGGAUCGCGCUGGCAUUGCAAAUAUGAAUUUGUACACGGCGCUGAUUGGCGGUGCGUCGGCGGCGUGCAGGCUGGCCUCUCGCAGAUCGCCAAUGUUGUUCAAAAUGGUGAAAAAGUCGUUUUGAAUCUACCGAUACAAAUAGUUUUUCGUUCUACUAAUCCCUAUGGAUGGCCACAGAUUAUCCUGAGCGUAUACUGCGACAUGCAGCUAGCAGGUUAUGGAAGAUUGCACGUGCCGUUGCAGGCCGGUGUUCAUCAGCUACGCGCACAUCUAUCGAAACCGAUCGCAUCAAGUUUAUUCGGAUACAUUGGAUCGUUUUUCGGCUAUCAACCGGAAUUGGUGCGCCCGACCAUGAUUGCCACCACGGCUGGCAGCAAUCUCAUUCGAAUGGUCUCCAGCGGUGAGGUGCAAUUAACGCUGAAUGUGAUUACGCAGCAUCUGCAGUCACUCGGAUACGACGUCGGUAGUAACAAUUGUCGCAGUCUGAAUAGUGUUUAAUAUACAAAUACAAGAAAUUUAGCGCUGAAAA